AUGUUCUAUUUCCAGCUGGUGAUCAUGGCAGGGACGGUUCUCCUGGCGUACUACUUUGAGUACACAGACACGUUCCCCGUGCACAUCCAGGGCUUCUUCUGCUACGACAAGACGUUCUCCAAGCCCUACCCCGGCCCGGAUGAAACCAGCAAGAUACCCCCACUGCUGGUCUACUCACUGGUUACAGGCAUCCCCUGCUUCACGAUCCUGGUGGGGGAGCUGGUGGCGUUCUUUCUGAAGGCUGAGGGGACGCAAGAGAAGACCAUAGUGACAGCAGACUGCUGCUACUUCAACCCCCUGCUGCGACGCAUCGUCCGCUUCCUAGGGGUGUUCUCCUUCGGCCUGUUCACCACCACCAUCUUUGCCAACGCGGGUCAGGCGGUUACAGGAAACCAGACGCCUCACUUCCUGUCUGCCUGCCGGCCUAACUACACGGCCCUGGGGUGCACAUCCAACAUGCAGUACAUCACCCAGCCCCGUGCCUGCACUGGAAACCCCCUGGUAGUGGCGUCUGCACGCAAGUCCUUCCCCUCCAAGGACGCAGCGCUCAGUGUCUACUCUGCAGUCUACACGGUGAUGUAUGUGACGCUGGUAUUCCGGACCAAAGGCACUCGGCUGACGAAGCCUACGGUCAGCCUGACCCUGCUAUGCCUGGCCAUGCUGGUGGGAGUGGUCAAGGUGGCAGAGUACCGCAACCACUGGGCCGACGUCCUGGCCGGCUUCUUCACUGGAGGAGCCAUCGCUGUGUUUCUGGUGACGUGUGUGAUCAACAACUUCCAGCAGACGAGGCCCCCUCCCCCUCCCCCGCGGCCACAGCGCCCUGAGUCGGUGCUAGGCAUGCCGAUGGUGGCUCUGCCAUGUGUGGAGAGUCCUCUCGAAAAACUCCGAGGGGAUCUCCUUUCACAGAGAUCACAUGACCAUCAGCCGUAUCGGUUCCCCGCCACCCCAGAUGUCCUCAUUCCGUCUCGCUCCAUUUCCAGCGAAGUCUAG